CUCAUCCCCCCAACCUAAAACGCACCCUCUCUCUCUCUCUCUCUCUCUCUCUCUAAAGAUGGAUUCCUUGAAUUGGUGUCUAAGUGUUGUGAUGCAUAUUGCAAUAGGCCUAGUUCUCUUGAUCUACUUGCCAAUCUCUCUUGUUCUGAGGUUGCUUUACUGGGUUUUUUUGAGGCCCUUUGUGAAGGAGGAUUUGAGGGGAAAGGUGGUUCUCAUCACCGGCGCGUCGUCGGGCAUCGGAGAGCAACUGGCUUACCAGUAUGCAAGAAGAGGGGCAUCCUUGUCUCUCGUGGCGAGGAGGGAGCAGGCUCUCAGAGCAGUCGCAAAGACGGCUAGAGACCUGGGCGCACCGGAUGUCAUUGCCCUCCCCGCGGACAUCUCCAGCUCCGAGGAGGCGAAAAGGAUUGUGAACGAAACCAUCGCUCACUUCGGCCAACUGAAUCAUCUGGUGGCCAAUGCAGGAAUUUGGUCCAACUGUUCCUUCGAUGAGAUCACUAACAUCACCGCCUUCACCAGAAUGAUGGAUGUGAACUUUUGGGGAUCUGUGUAUCCGACCUACUACGCCCUUCCUCACCUGAAAGCUAGUUGUGGAAGAAUCAUUGUUACAACAUCAGUGGCUGGGCGAGUACCAACUGCAAGAAUGAGCUUUUAUAAUGCAAGCAAGGCAGCUGAGAUCAGGUUCUAUGAGACCCUUAGGUCUGAGUUGGGAAAGCAGGUUCAAAUCACCAUAUUAAUUCCUGGCUAUGUUGAAUCAGAGCUAACCAAAGGCAAAGCACUUCAAAAAGAGGGCGAAGUACGAGUCAACGAGGAGGCCAGAGACAUCCAAAUCGGGCCAUUCCCCGUCGGGCACACAGAAAUGAUGGCUAAGAUUGCCGUGGAUAGUGCCUGCAGAGGCGAAGAGUAUGUGACAUGGCCGUCGUGGUACAGCCCUUUCCACAUGCUUAUGUGCCUGGCUCCUGAGCUCGUCAACUGGUUCUCAAUCGCCUUUUAUGUCACAAAAGAGGGAAACAGCCUCAGUAAGCGAAUCUUGGAGGCAACAGGAGCCAAGAAGUUCUUGUAUCCAGCUUCUAUUCGCUCACCUAAGAUAAAGACGGAGAUGAAUAAAUAAUGACUGUGCAAGAGCAAAAGAUGCUAUCAAAAAAAUUGCAUGAAUAAUUUUCUUUUCCUCCUUUCUCAAGGAGUCAUGAAUACUUAUGAUAAUUGGUGUUUUCCUAUUAGUUCAUGUCAUAAAAUAUACAUCACAUUUUCAUUGUUGUCUUUGAGUUAAAAGAAAAUAGUUAGUCCCAGUAGAUUCAUCACACGUCGUAUAAUAUUCUGGAUAUGCUUGAUCAUUGUAUGCUGCAUCACAUGUCAAAGUAAUAGAACAGUAGAUUACUGGAA